AUGGAGGAAAAGUUCCUUGGCAUAGCAUUUCUUGGGAUUGGACUGUGGGCCUGGAAUGAAAAGGGAGUGCUGUCCAAUAUCUCCUCCAUCACCGACCUGGGAGGCUUUGAUCCAGUGUGGCUCUUCCUAGUGGUAGGAGGAGUUAUGUUCAUUUUGGGAUUUGCAGGAUGCAUUGGAGCUUUGCGAGAAAAUACCUUUCUUCUCAAAUUUUUUUCUGUGUUUCUUGGAAUUAUUUUCUUCUUGGAGCUCACUGCUGGUGUUCUAGCAUUUGUUUUCAAAGACUGGAUAAAGGACCAGCUGUAUUUCUUUAUAAACAACAACAUCAGAGCAUACCGAGAUGACAUUGAUUUGCAAAACCUCAUAGACUUCACACAGGAAUAUUGGCAGUGCUGUGGGGCUUUUGGAGCUGAUGACUGGAACCUUAAUAUUUACUUCAAUUGCACAGAUUCCAACGCAAGUCGAGAGCGCUGUGGUGUGCCAUUCUCUUGCUGCACUAAAGACCCUGCCGAAGAUGUUAUUAAUACUCAGUGUGGCUACGAUGCAAGGCAAAAACCAGAAGUUGAUCAGCAGAUUGUUAUCUACACUAAAGGCUGUGUUCCUCAGUUUGAGAAAUGGUUGCAGGACAAUCUUACCAUAGUUGCUGGUAUAUUCAUUGGGAUAGCAUUACUGCAGAUAUUUGGGAUAUGCUUAGCCCAGAAUUUGGUUAGUGACAUUGAGGCUGUCAGAGCCAGCUGGUAAAACUGCUGAAGUAACCACAAGAAGACACUGGACAACCGAAACCCUCUGAAACCUCCAGUGUGUCACUCCGACACCAAGCUGUAUGGACAUGGGUGACAGGGAAGCCUUCUCUCCCAAGUAGUCUCAAGUCUAAGUUCCUGAUAUUGCAGUGAACUCGUGUUUCUUUGGGGUGGGGGAGAGAAGAGUGGGCUACUUAAAAUCUGCUGCUCACUGACCUUUUUUUUUUUUUUCUUCUUUUAAACCACCAGUUUGAAAGCUAUUGAGCCGUGAAUCUCUACUGUAUUCUCGAUCCUGAGUAAUGAGUGGACACUUUUUUUAAAAUUGGUGUAUUCAGUGGGACAGAGUUGCAUCGUUGUAGUCUGUGGAUUUGCUGUUUAUUCUUCGUGUCAUGAGCUCUUCAAUAGCUGCCAAAUAUUCCUGAGA